AGACCGAGCACCAAGCUCAACUUCGUCGACCACGUUGUGGGGAACCAGCCUGACCUCCAGAUGGUCCCAGUGGCAGACUGGUACCAGAAGAACUUGCUCUUCCACCGCUUCUGGUCGGUGGAUGACAAGCAGCUGCACACCGAGUACAGCGCCCUGCGCUCCAUCGUGGUCACCAACUAUGAAGAGACCAUUAAGAUGCCCAUCAACGAGCCGGCACCUGGCAAGAAGAAAUCCCAGAUUCAGGAAUAUGUCGACUAUUAUGGAGGGGCUGGAGUCCAGCACAUUGCGCUGAACACCUCCGACAUCAUCUCGGCGAUCACCAGCCUGAAGCAGCGGGGCAUGCAGUUCAUGGACGUGCCGUCCAGCUACUACCAGAUGCUGCGGGAGAAGCUGAAAACUGCCAAAAUCAAAGUGAAGGAGAGCAUCGACAAGCUGGCGGAACUGAAAAUCCUGGUGGAUUUUGAUGAGAAAGGCUAUUUGCUCCAGAUCUUCACCAAACCAGUUCAAGACAGACCCACGGUCUUUCUGGAGGUCAUCCAGCGGCAUAACCACCAGGGCUUCGGCGCUGGGAACUUCAAGUCUCUGUUUGAAGCAAUAGAAAUAGAUCAAGAUGCAAGAGGAAACCUGACCAUCCUGGAGCCCAACGGGGAGACCAAGCGCAUCUAG